AUGAAGGUUACGAAUAUGAAUAAAAAGAAGUUCUGCCUAGAAGUGAGUUUGAUGAUCGGUCGGGGUCAAUUCUUCACGCGGAGGAUUGUCGAUGUCUCUUUGCAGCCAGUGCGCCAGUUUUCCACGACUUCGCAGCUAGAACGUAGAGGCUUGACUGGCUCCAAAACAGCUUUCUAUUCAUCGUUGGGAGACCAGAAAUACAAGAAGUUUAGGACGGCCAAAGCCAACAGAAUUUAUAUUCCACCAGUGGAGGAGUAUAUUCACCUCCGCUCCGGCGCAUACCGCUUCAACGAAAAAACUCGAGCAAAUUCUCUGGGAGGCUAUGUCCGCAACACUGAAAACUUCAUGCCAAUGUCUCGUCUUCCCAAAUCCGCUUCAAAGUGGGACGCUUCUCUUUCCUACGAAAAUCGCCACUUUUUGAACUCAAUCUUCGACGAGAAGAAGAGCUACGCGGCGGAGGAGAGAGAACGAACAAUCCAGGAGAAUAUAGUCGGCGAAGAAAACUCUAGAUGGCCAAUUUAUAAAUACAAAACUGGGAGUCGAAGAACAGGAAUGGUUAUGAAGAAGAUUGGUGUUCAGCCAAUGUGGCUGCGUGAUGGAACUCGCGUUGUAAGCACGAUUUUGCAAGUCCAAAACUGCCACGUUAUCAAGUACUUUCCGAAGCACGAGUUCAACGGCCGCACUGGCGCUGUCAUUGUCGGCGCUGGCACUGGCAAGCCUUUUCUAAAGAACGAAAACUACACCCAAUACUGUCUUGAUGCGGGAGUGACGCCUAAAGCCCAUCUAGCUCGAUUCCCAGUCACGGAAAAUGCACGACUCCAGCCUGGAACUCCACUUCAUGUCCAGCACUUUCACGUUGGGCAGUACGUUGAUGUCGUUAUCAAAUCCGUCGACUUUGGAGAAGUAGAUGUUGUUACUAGGUACCACAAGAAGCAAAAUGGCAAAUCUCCAUUUUACCGAAAGUAUCACAUGCGAUUGAGUCCAGGAAGAUGGGGAAAUCACAGAAAAGUAGGCUCCGCUGGAGCGCGAGGAAAUACGAAAGUCAACUUGCCGAAUUGGUACAACGAGCUGUCUGGCCGACCGCUCAAGGGUAGAAGAGGGCCCGGCCAGCUGGGAGGCGCUGACACGGUGUUUUGGGGUCGAAAAGUGCUUAGGAUGAAUACUGAACACCAAUUGAUUUGGGUCUUGGGCACAGUUGCUGGAGAAAUUGGCUCUUGGGCACGAGUUUAUGACUCAAGAACAACAAAAAACGAUGUUGAUUUUGCGAAGGAGCCGCCUAUGUUCCCUACCUUUUAUCCAGAGCUUCAUGGCGACCAGUGGGCAGAUGAAAUUUAUGACGAGACUUUACAUCCCUUCGAUGACGAGAGCAUAAAUCAUGAAGAAGGGACCGAGUUGCUCAAGACUCUCAACGAGACAUAUCCAGAACUCUGCUAUUUAUACUCAAUAGGUGCUAGCGAACAGAACAGGGAGCUGUGGGUUCUUCAAAUCACAGAAAAUGUACAUAAACGGACUCCCGGAAGGCCGCGAGUUAAAAGCGUCGCGAACAUGCACGGAGACGAAACAGUCGGCAAAGCUCUAAUGUUCCAACUAGCGCAGUUCCUUCUGGAGGGUUACGAAACGGAUCCCGUCGCUGCCGAAAUCGUCAAUAACUAUGAUCUACAUCUUAUGCCCAGUCUGAACCCAGACGGGUUCGAAGCGUCGAGAGAAGGUGACUGCCAUACUUCCGGGCGCGACAAUGCCAACAGAAUCGACUUGAACAGAAACUUUCCCGACCAGUGGCGCGAUACAAACUGGAAGGUCGGCGACACACAGCUCGGAAACGGGCGAAACAUUGCCAAGGAGAAUUUAGCGAUGAUCGAUUGGAUCCUGAACAGUCGUUUUGUUCUCUCCCUCAAUUUGCAUGCUGGCUCUGAAGUCGCUUCUUAUGGCUGGGACGGACUUCCAAAUGGCCAGCGACAUGGCUACUCAAAGAUGCCAGAUGAUGAGCUCCUGAAGUGGCUGGCUCAUGUUUACGCAGAUAACCACGAAACAAUGCACAAAAUGGACGGCGCAGCAUGUGGCGAGCCCGAGCCUAGCUUCAUCAAAGGUGUCACGAAUGGUGCCAAUUGGUAUCCCCUCAACGGCGGCAUGGAAGACUUCAACUACAUCUACGGCGAUUGCGUCGAGAUCACCAUCGAACUGACUUGCUGCAAGUAUCCUAGAGCAUCAACGCUUGAGCACGAAUGGACUCGAAACAAAAACGCCCUUCUGGCUUACAUUCGUCAAUCGGAUCAAACUGUCCAUGGGUUUAUUACUUGCGACGAAGGGGAUCCACAGAACAACGUUGAAAUUACAGUCGACGGAAUUGAUAAAGUAAUGCACUCGGACUCAAACGGCGACUACUGGAGACCACUCGUCCCGGGAACUUAUCAAGUCACUUUCGCAAAAGAAGGCUUUGAGACGGAAACAAUCACAAUCGAUGUGCCAAAAGGCGGAGUUGCCCGAAACAUCACGCUCCGAGGCAAACGAUCGUCUGAAACAGAAGAAAUUGAUGAUGACAAUCAAACCGUAAUUGAGGAGAAAGUCGACUCUGACGAGCCCCAAUCAAUUCUCGAAACAGAAACUCUAGAUUUAGUCGACGCACAAGAACAAGAGGCUUCGAAAGAAAUUGAAACUCCUCUGGAACUUCGUGCAAAAAAUCCCGAGCCAGGAACUGACGAUUAUGAUCAGGAGCCUACUCAAUCUCCUCCUGAGGAGGAAGCUAAUUCGGUGCUUUCCGAAAACGAAGAAAAAGAGAGUGCUCCCGCACGUGUCGAUCUCUCGAAGCUUACUGAUCCUGAUUUCAACCCUUUCAAACAUCGUCUCCACGCGGAUCUGACGGAAUACCUCCAAAAACUUACGGAGAAGUAUUCCUCAAUCUCAAAGCUCUACUCAAUCGGCAAGUCAAUCAAGGAACGCGAUCUCUGGGUCGUCGAAGUCUCCAGCGACCCAGGCGAGCAUCAGCUAUUCAAGCCCGAGUUGAAACUCGUCGCUGCGAUGCACGGAAACGAGGCUUCUUCGCAAAUCACCGCCGUCGCUUUCAUUACUGAUCUCGUCACCAACUACGAGAGUGAUCCCCAAGUCAAGAAUUUCGUCGACUCCAACCGAAUCCACGUUCUUUCUACAAUGAAUCCAGACGGGCACGAAAUCGCGACGCUAGAAAUCCUCAACGACGGACCACACAAACAAGAUGCUCAAACUGGCGGCUUUGGACGUGACAACAAUGAUCGUGUCGAUCUCAAUCGCAAUUUUCCCUUCCCGCAGCAAGGAAGAGCGCCUCUUCCAGCUCGGGAGACAGAGCUCGUUAUGAACUGGUCCGAAAAGACGAAUUUCGUCUUGUCGCUAAAUCUGCACAAUGGCGGUCUUUUGGCCAACUAUCCGUACGACGACAACUAUUGGAGCUCAAAGACUAGUUAUGCUCUUGGUCGCGAUAAAAAAGGUAGCUACUCUAAGUGCGACGACGACGAUGUCUUUCGUCAUCUUGCCAGUACUUAUGCAAACAAUCAUCCAACAAUGGCGAAUGGAAAAGGGUGCGAAGAUGAUGCGAUCGGGAUCGAGGAAAAUCCAAAAACGAAGAGUCUAUACGGCGUAGAGCGAUUCAAAGGCGGAAUAACUAACGGCGCCGAGUGGUACGAAGUUUCCGGCAGCAUGCAAGACUGGAACUACUUCUACACGAAUACGCUCGAGGUGACUGUUGAAAUCGGCUGUCUCAAGUAUCCCUCUGAGCCUUUUCUUCAAAAAUACUGGGAAGCGAAUAGAGAGAGUAUCUACAAAUACUACUCUUUCGCCUCGUCCGGAUUCACUGGCCAGAUUCUCGAUGUCAACGAAAACCCCGUUUCUCAAGCGAUCGUCGAGAUUUAUGAUCAAGAUGUUCCCAAAGCCCGUUCGCAUCACGUGCAGUCACUGAAAAGCGGCGAUUUCUUCCGUCCGCUUCUUCCUGGAACCUACUCCGUGCUUAUCCACAAGCCGGGCUUCCACAACCAAACAGAAAGCAUAGAGAUUACCGCUGAAAAACCAACUGUCUUCCUGAAAUUUAACUUGUUCCAAGUUACGCCGCAAAUGGACAUUGAAGAUGAACUCAUGGAAGAAGAAGAGUUUGUCGACACGACGCAGUUUAAAGCUCAAAGCGAGGAGGAAUUACUAGAGUCGCUAGAAAGCUACGAUGAUUCGGAGAAUUCUGAAGAAUCGCAGUCCGAAGAGAGCUACGAGUCUGAAAGUGACGAGCUCUUUGAUCUUGAGGAGGACGAUCCUACCAGUGACAAUUCGGAAAACAAACUUCUCUCUUUUGAAUCGAGUGAAAAUAAGGAGGACAUUCUCGCUGACCCUGUCGAUCCACAGGCACGCACAGAUGAAGAUGUCGUUGAUGAUGAAGAUCCAAGCUGGGAGAGCGAAAACUCGAGCAGCUUCGUCAACAUUCUAGUCUACGGCGUUACCACUCUAGGGAUCCUCUUUUGCUGUAUCAUUUUCUACAAGAAGCGCGCUCCGAACUCGGGCGCGGGCACUUUCCAGUUCAACAAAAUCGGCGUGCAAGAGAGUGGAGCAGACGAGAUGGAACUGAGAAAGAGUCUCUUGCGGAAUCGUGUCUAG